AUGACAUCAGUUAACGGAUCACCGAGUCGAGGCAAAAAUCCCUUUAUCGAAAGAUAUAUGGCAAGUUUAGGAGAGGGGACCGAAGCAGCCUCUAAAUCAGUAUCCCCCACCAAGCACUAUCCGCCUGUCGGCUCCCCUGCUCGAAGCAAAGUAGUGGACAAGGAAAACGUUGUGGAUCGCAAGUCUAAGAAAUCAAGUUUAUUACGAGCAGCAGCAGAAAGCCCCCUUAAGCCCAUCCCGCCCUCGAAGCAAAACUCUGGGACCCUUGCUCAUAGUUUCAAUCCCAAGGGAACUGAAACGCCUAUAAAAAAAUCGACAGCGGCGACGAUUGUGUCGACCACUUUUGAUGUCACAAGUCUUUCAAAGAAAGAUGCCAAGUACUAUGAGUUUUUAUGUCGUGUGAAGGAAGCCAAAGAAUGGAUUGAAGCUAUAAUUGAAGAGAAACUUCCCUCCGAGUUGGACCUUGCAACAGGAAACAGUCUCCGGGAUGGUGUCUACCUAGCCAAGCUCACGCAAAAGAUUGAGCCAGGACUUGCUCGUAAGAUAGUGCCCUCCGGAAAUACCCUUCAGUUCACCCACACCCAGAAUAUUAACUCUUUCUUUCGUCUUGUGGAGAGUGUCGGUGUUCCCGACCUAUUCAGAUUCGAACUUACGGACCUUUAUGAAAAGAAAAACAUUCCCCAAGUGUUCGAGACUUUGCAUGCCUUGGCGAAUGUCAUUAACAGCAAAUGGCCUGGAAAAGCUCCUGAAAUUCAGAAUUUGAGUGGGCUUUGUUCUUUCUCCAACGAUGACUUAAAAACCUGCCAAAGAAGGCUUCCCAUGAUCCAUAACUUCAGAUCUUUCAAAUCGACAAAGCCUUCUACGGCUAGUGGUACCUCGGAGCUUCCCUCAGGCUUACUCGCGGCCCCUACGAUCUCAUCAGUAGAGGACACCCCUGUUAAGAUACCAAAGCUGAGCGUGCCAUCGGAAGAGCCCAAAACUCCUGAAAAGCAGUGCGAGAUUUCAAAAACUCCGUCACCCGCCAGCCAUAAGUCAGAACAACAGGAUCAUAAGACUCCAAGCUUAGCUAAUACUUUAACAGAUACAGCUCCGCUCUUAAAGUUUGAUAUGCGCAGCAGCCCCGCAAAGUCCCUGUCCUAUUACUCACCUAGGAUUUACAGGCAUUUGUCAUACAGAACAGCUUCCCCAGACAUUUAUUCAUCAAGGCUCUCAACGGACCCUUAUGAUCCCGAUUAUUAUAAUACGCUGAAGUAUACAACGCCUGAAUAUUCUCCGAUAAGGAGAAAAAGAAUGACUGAACUGGAAUUCUUGGAUUCUGUUUCAAGCCUCCAGGCAAUUUGCAGAGGAGUCAACACAAGAUUUGGCUUAACCCUAAUGCAACGAAAAGUUGACAUGGUAGUCAAGAACCUAACCCUGUUGCAAGCGCGCGCCAGAGCUGGUUUGGUCAGGUCACCCUUCAAACAAAAGCUGCAAUCAGAGGCAUCUCCGGGCAGCAAGUCUUCCAUUGGGUGUCUUCAGGCCACAAUUCGGGCAAACCAAGUGAGGGAAAAGAUAUUCAGGCUCCGAGUGCGCUUGUUAAGGGUUGAAGAAGAGGUGACUUCCAUACAAUCACUUGCACGUGCUGCAAUAGUAUUCAGGCGUGCUAAGGCUACACUCGAAAGGCACUCGAUGAUUACUGAGCCUUUAAUAGAACUCCAGGCCUAUGCAAAGGGCUUGAGGCAAAGAGAUAUACUACGCCAGACAAAAGAAAGUCUGUCAAGUCAUUUGCCUCAAAUCGUUUUCCUUCAAGGUUUAUUACGUUCCCGUCACUUGCGAAAACAUAGGAAGCUCAUCUACUUUUCCUUAAACGAACAACUUAAUACUAUUCACACCUUACAAGCGCUUGCCAGGGGCACAACCAAGCGCCGAGCUAUGCAACGUCUCGAUAAUGAGCUUGAGUUACAUAGCGGCUCAAUUUCGAAAGUUACUGCUCUUCUGAAGGGCUCUUUUAAAAGAUGCAGUAUCAAGUCAUUGGCUACAGCCGUCCGUGACAGUAAAGACCCAGUUGUUUCGCUUCAAGCCCUUUCUAAGGGUGUUUUAGCUCGAUUUGCCCUAGAACUGGUGGCCGAUGUUGUGGAAGCCAAUAACCUAAUGGAAUUCCAAAGCCUGGCUAAGGGAUCCAUUAUCAGGCGAGCCAAUAGACGUUUAGAUGCCUACUACAAAGGGAAAUUGCCAGAGGUUGUCAAGGUUCAAUCCUUCAUCCGAAGCCACCAGCUUAGAGUUGCAUACAUUGAAUUCAUGUCGUCAGCCAACCCGAGUCUCUGGGCGGUCAGAAAGUUUGUUCAUCUUUUGAACAAAAUUUAUACAAGCCACAAGUCCCAAAACAAGUUAGAAUGGUUGAAGUCUCAGAUCGAUCAAGCGAAUAAGUCGAGAGAUAAGCUUCAAGGAAACCUUAACUUGUUGCAGAGAAAAAGCGAGAUUCUUGAAGACUACAACAUUUUUGUUGGCAACUUGAACGGAAAAGCUAGCGUGCUUCAAAACAGUGUUAGCUCGUCCUUCCCAGGCUACGAAAAACUAAUAUACCUUCUGCAAGCAGACCCAUUUUAUUGGAAAACUGUAGCUAGGCUUGACCAAAGUUUUGCAUCCAAAUACCUCGUUAAGACAUUCAGUUCUGCGAAUGGUAUCAUGACCCAGCGAGAAAACGUAUUCUUCGUAAAGCUGGUUGCUGAUCUUAUGAUUACCGACAUUGAAAACUUUAAUAAUGUUCAAGAUUUCCUAAGCGCUAAGCCUCAAGGCUUUUGGCAGGACCUUCUCGUUUCCUAUAUUCAUCGCCAGAUUCCAGAUUUGAUGAAAGAGCUAUUCCAACCCGUCCUUGAUUUUGUUUCAUCAGACCAAGUUGACUUCGAAUCAAUCCCCGCUGUUAUCUAUAGAAAGAUCCACCCUCAUGGGGCCGAUUUGUCUUCGAGCCAGUCGAUUGAGGAUGACACAACAAAACGAGUGUUUGUUCAGAAUUUGACAAGCCUUUGGAAUGCUGUUGAAAUUGUUAGCGAUGCAUUAACGAGGAAUGUCGACAGAAUCAGCGAAGACGUCAAAUUCCUAUGCACUGCCGCAUACAAGGCAGUGGCCGACCGUAGUCCAUAUGAGAGUGACGCCCUACUUGCGAUCUCCAAAAUCUUAAUAGAAGUGAUUGUUGCUUCUUUUCUUAAAGAACCCGCAAAAUUCGGCUCAAGAAAGGUUUCCAUCCAGGCUGAGAAAAAAAUCUCCGUGCUCCUAGAUGUGCUCAUGACAGUCUACUCAUUCACUGAAUUUCAGGGAUACUUAACUCCUUUGAACCAGUAUGCUGAUCAGAUCAGAACCGACCUAGCGUUAUCCCUCAAAAGCAUGCUAACUUCGCCUUCAUUUGAAAAUUUCUGUGACAAGCUCAUAUAUGGCGACAUGUGUCAAGAAACCCGGGCCAGCCUGAGCAUAUCGAAGCAGUACUUGGUUGAUAUUGGCGACAAGCUAAAGUCGACUUUAAGCUCUUUCCCUCAUGAUGACCCCAUUGUGCAGCUCUAUAAAGACAUGUCAAAAAGCCAAGAAAGACAAGCGCUUCGAGCUAGUACUAAUAACAUUGUUGACCUCAGAUUGAAUCCAAGUGCCUACCAACUUUCUUCGAGCGAUGAUAGGCUUAUGUCAGUGUACAACGAGAUCAAAAGGGGACUUGUUUAUAUGAUGCAAGUUGAGGAUGUUGAAACAAAUCUUUAUGAUUUGAUGACAAGCUCAAUACUCAUGAGUGAUGAGCCCAUCUUUCAGGAGUUGGUGCAUAGGACCGAAGCGAUUAAGAGUGAUCCUCUACUGAAAAACCUCGAAUCUCUAAGUUACUUUAAUUUGAAGCAACAUGUUUUAGAGCGGGCAUAUGAGCUCAAGCAAAUGGAUAGCUUAACAAUCGAAGAUGGCCUCCAGAGCAUUCUUAAUGAUAUCGCGAAUACAAUAAAGUCUCGCGAGUACGUGGCGGAGUCUACAAAAAAUGAAGCUCAAACGGCUCAGCAUACAUUGAAGCGCAUUCAAGAUAGCACGUUUCAACUCCAAGAAGCUAUCCGGUCCUUAGAAACGGCGCAAAAGAGAGCAUUGAAAUCCAAGCAAAGCUCAAAUACCUACGCCCCAUCAAAGAAACAUGGCCUAGGCAACAAGCUUAAAGAUGUCUAUAAAAAGGUGAACCAUAAGAGCUACGGCGAAAAGAAUUGUCUAAGCUUAGAGUGGACGACGCGUCACCUUCACGAAAUUGGUGUUUUGAAUGAGGUUGCGGGAGAGAACCUAGGAAAAGUGGCGUUGAGCUUUUUUGGGUCAAAUGGACCCAAGUUUCCUGAUAUCUUGUUCAAAAUUUCAACUUCAGAUGGCGAGGUUUAUGCUGUUGAAAUGAAUGAUGAAAGAAAAGGUGACAAGACCAAACGCUCUGGGACAGACAGCUUUGCUUUUUCAAAGCUUGUGGACACCCUUGCUAAGGAUAAAGCCGCCAAAUUAGAACUCUUUUCCAAGAAGGUUGAGUUCAAUGUUCCUAACCUUUUAAAUCUUGUUGCAACAUCGUUUUUAGGGCGACAAUAA